AUGUGCGAAGGGAUUGACAACCUGAAAUCCCUUUACGACCGUGCCGGGAAGACUUUCUCCGGCGGUCCUUCUGCAGCACAGGAUGUGCCGCGUCGUACUGCUCAACCAGACCCAGUACGUCAACCAUCAGCUGGGAGCGGGGCUCCCAAGAAUCCCAGGACGGGGGAUAGCCGCGCCACCGGACGAGAUAACUCGUCCGACGUCCGUUCACGUCGCGGUGGUUCAACAGCUGCUUAA